GUGAUAGGACAUUUUCUGCCAGCUUUUGCUUUUGGACAUCGGAUGAUAAUGUUGUCUUUUGUAGGAGUUCUCGCUCUAAUUUCUGUGACGAAGGCAACAUUGCCAUUCAAAUUCAGCGACUGCAGUGCUCCGACUGCAAACAAGCUUGGCUAUGCGGACCACAUAACGCUAAGCAAUGAUCCCGUCCCGAUUCCUGGCAACGAGACAGUGAGCCUGGAUGUUCACAUUCUGCGCGAAAUCACGGGCAAUUAUACUGUUAACCUCAGGGUACAGCGGCAUCUGUUUCUUGGAUUUGUUGAAGUCCCCUGUGUAAACGACGUGGGAUCAUGCUCGUAUAAACUAUGCGAUCUUCUGUCCGGAUCACAUUAUCCAUCCGCUCACCACUGUCCGGUUCAGGUCGCAACAUCUUCUCCUGAUUUCAACUGCGCAUGCCCGUUCACCCCUGGGGACUAUCACCUCAACCCUACUGCAUUUGAGAUACAUCCCUUAUCCGCAUUGUUGAAAUGGCUAGCACAGGGCGACUACAAAGCGGAAGCGCGAAUAAUUGACGACUCCAAUAACGAGGAAGUUGGGUGCUACUACGUGCAAGGCAGCACCGUUCCUACUGGCUGCACUGGUGUCUCCUGCGUCUUUGGAAGAAGGAAAUAGUGCAUUCCGUCUUAAUACUGUGCGUUCGAUGAUAUAAAAAUGAAAUAAAAAGUAACUGCAAAA